AUGGCCGCGCCGGCUUUAUCACCGCGACGCGCAAACCGCACUCCGCGCGCGCUGGCAUCGAUUGAGCCUGCCACCGAGCCACCACACAAGAAGCGGCGAUUCCUCCCUGGAGGCCCUGGCGGCGGUGGCAGGUACAUCGACGAGGACGGGAACGAGAUGACCCGCGCUGAGGCCGUAGCGGCCGGCCUGGUAUCGACAGCACCGCGACCGCGCAGACGAGAGCCCAGAGACCCAGUCGCCAGUGCUGCGCGGCAAAGGGCGCCACGAGAGAAGGACAAUCACGACAGCAAUGACACACCCACCACCACGCGCUCCGCCAUGCAGACGCGCCCACGACGUGAGCGCCCAGAACGAUACGCUCCCCCGCCGACCACGCCGCGACCUCGCUAUAGCAACGCCGCAGCCGCAGCAGCUGCCAGUCAGGCCAGCGAUGGUUACAAACCCAGAGAAGAGCGGGGCUGGGAGGAGUUCCACCCAGAGCUUGAUCUUGCUGCUGGUCUUUCGCUGUUCUCGGCAGAUGAAGUGGAUGGCAGGACGAGCAAGAACGACCCCAAGAUCCAGAAGCUCAGACUCAAUGGCCCGACUUCUAUAAAUGGUGAUGUGGACAUGAAAGACGUAGACGCGGAGGAUGGGAUGUCUCCUGCAAGGCGGAAACCUGGUCGGCCACCAAGACGUCCCGAAUCUAUGCUUAGUGGGCUUGGAUCACCUCCUGCGCCUCGAAUAAUGCCUCUGCCAACCCACAACCCCAAAGAACGCCUGAACUUGCCGAAGCCGUCCUACCGUCAGUACAACCACUUUCUGCAGUAUGAAGAGAAUCAGAAGGAGAACAAGGUCAACUACGUUGAUCGGACCAUGGCCGGAGUCGGCUAUCAGGAAACAGAUCGCUUUGAUCUACCUCCUCACGUACUGAUACGGCUUUCCGAGAACCAGCAUGUGGAAGACGAGGCCGAUGUUAGCCUUCGGCUGGAAAGUGAUGGACCUGCUGAGAGUCAUCAAGGUCAUCCUCCAGUCGGAAGAGUUGAGUACGACAUGGACGAGCAGGAUGUUGCCUGGCUUGAAGAGGUCAACGAACAGCGCAAGGCGGAAGGCGUGGAUGCGAUCAAGCCUGCCAUCUUUGAAAUAACGCUUACACAAAUCGAGAAGGAGUACCAUGCCCUGGAAAAACGAAUCCCAAAACCUCAGCCUCGACAUGCUCAAACGCAUAGGCCUCGUUCGAGCUCUCAAGCUGCAGUCAAUGGUGAUCCAAACCCCCCGGGAGACGAGCCAGAUAGCAAGUGCUCGAUUUGCGACGAUGGUGACUGCGAGAACGCCAACGCUAUAAUCUUCUGCGAUGGGUGUGAUUUAGCCGUCCAUCAGGAGUGCUAUGGAGUCCCGUUCAUCCCUGAAGGUCAAUGGUUCUGCCGCAAGUGUAAAGAGAUUGGUCGCGGAACGCCCACGUGCAUCUUCUGCCCGAAUGUGGAUGGCGCCUUCAAACAGACCAGCACUCUUAGAUGGAGUCACCUGCUAUGCGCUAUCUGGAUCCCCGAAGUGACGAUUGCUAACAUGACGUUCAUGGAGCCGAUUCAGGAUGUCGACAAGGUACCUAAGCCGAGAUGGAAGCUGAGUUGCUACAUCUGUGAGCAGAAAAUGGGAGCAUGCAUUCAGUGUGGCAACAAAACCUGCUACCGGGCGUUCCACGUUACAUGUGCGCGACGAGCCAGACUCUUCUUGAAGAUGAAGUCUCAGAACCAGGGUUCAAUCGACACGACAUCUCUGAAAGCAUUCUGCGACAGACAUGUUCCCCCAGACUGGCGUCGCACGCACGACACUGAAAAUGCAAUCCAAGAGGCUAGGCGCUGGUACAAGCACACGAUGAGGGAUCGCAAGUGGGCAGACAAUCAAGCUACUGCCCUCGAGCUCGGCGCGCCACCACCUCCUGACGGCGGUUUCUCAGCAGAGGGGCCUUCGGCAGAAGACACAAUAGCAGUCACCAAAAGACGCAACAAAAAAGACCCAAAGAUGAAUUGGCGCUUGCCAUCUGGCGCGCCCGUCGUUCCGGCAGUCGUCUACAACACAGUAGAAACAAGUCUUACUCGCUUCACCAUUCGUAGGCGGAAGGAGUUUGUGGAGAAGGCUUGCAGAUACUGGACACUGAAACGCGAGGCUCGCCGAGGCGCCGCUCUUCUCAAGCGACUUCAGCUGCAGAUGGAGAGCUUCUCUAGCAUGGAGGUUACUCGUCGCAACUUUGCAGGCAUGGGCUCUGCCGGCGGACCUCGCUUGCAACGUCGCAUCGAUUUCGCUGAAAUGCUCCAGAAGGACAUGGGAUACUUGAAGGACCUCACUGCUGCGGUGAAAUCUCGUGAGCUCCUACGCCUGCAGGAGAUUGAACUUCUCCGUGAGCUCGUCGACACCGUCUACUUCCCUGUACCGCCUAUGCUGUGGCCAAUCUUGAACCGUGCCCAAAAGCUCGACGAGAAGACCCGCGCCUUCCGGCCUGGUCUUGAUAUGCUUGCACAACGACUCCGUGAGCGCUAUUACACAUCUGUGUCCGACUUCUCGCGUGACCUGACGAAGGUUUUCAGCGAUGCCUUCGCUGCUAAGGACGGCGAAGCUGCCGCUGGUGCCGACAUUGAGACGAUCCAUACUCAGCUGAAUGAGAUCCGACCAGGGACCGCAGAACACAUGAAGUUGACCCAAGAGCAGAAAGACCUGAAGAGACUCGCCAAGCGCAUCAUCAAAGCCAUCAAGGAGCCGCUUGAGGAAGCUACCAAGAAGGAGGCCGAGCUUCGUGGUCGGGAGCUGGAGGAGGAACUCCGCAAGCUGGAUGCGAUGGGCAUUUUUGCAACAGCCGCGGUCAAUGACCAACGGCGACGUCGAUAUGCCUGA